UCGGAAGUUGCUAUAAAAGGUUCGAAUUUUUCGGAUUGCUUUAGUUCAGUCGCGAUUCCAUCAUAAACAUGGUCCUUAAGGUACUUUCAGUAGUGGCGCUCGCAGUCGCCGUCGCAGCCCGACCCGAAACUCCUUCUUACUCUCCUCCUGCUCACCCAACUCCUUCGUACUCACCUCCCAGCCCAUCCUAUAACGCGCCCGUCCGCCCUUCUCCUUCUUACAAUGCUCCCGUCUAUGCAGAUGUUCCACCUCAAUACAAUGCCCAGUAUAACGUAAACGAUGAAUACUCUGGAAACAACUAUGGGCAUCAAGAGGACCGCGAUGGCUACAACACACAGGGAACGUAUUAUGUGCAGCUCCCCGACGGCCGUCUGCAGAAGGUCACCUACUACGUCGAUGGCGAGUCCGGCUACGUGGCAGAAGUCACCUACGAAGGGGAAGCACAGUAUCCAGCUUAUCAGCCUGCUCCAUCAACUUCUUAUCAGCCCGCUCCUUCACCGUCUUACGCUUAAUUCAGAUGCUGUAUCCCGUACACAUGAAAAGAGGAAGCCAUAAUUUAAUUAUAAUAAAUAUUGUACCUGCUGCAUAAU